CCUGGAGCUCUGUCUGCUGGCAGCUCAGGGAGGGGGAGCCAAGGCAAACUCAGAGUCUGCCCGUUUUGUUGCCGUUACCAUGUCUGGACGCGGGAAAGGUGGAAAGGGGCUAGGAAAAGGUGGUGCUAAGAGGCACCGGAAGGUCCUGCGGGAUAACAUCCAGGGCAUUACGAAGCCUGCGAUCCGCCGUCUGGCUCGCCGCGGCGGGGUGAAGCGCAUCUCGGGGCUGAUCUACGAAGAGACCCGCGGGGUGCUGAAGGUUUUCCUGGAGAACGUGAUCCGCGAUGCGGUGACCUACACCGAGCACGCCAAGCGCAAAACCGUGACCGCCAUGGACGUGGUCUACGCUCUGAAACGUCAAGGCCGCACCCUGUACGGCUUCGGGGGCUGAUUCUCCCUGGGACCGAGCCGAAAAAAUAUUCAACCAAUAGGGAAUGAGAUGCCCCUUCCAGGGAGUUCAGGAAAGGGGAGAAGCCAUUUUG